AAGUUUAGAAGUGUUAAGAUUUAUUUAUGGUACAAAUCUUAAGAAAGCGAUGUUGUACAGAGUUGCCCGUCAUGGCACACAGCAUAUUAAAUAUCUUUGUUGCCAUUAAUGAUACGAAGAAACGUUAAAGGAGAAGAAUAUUCAGUAUGGAGAUGUAAAUGGAGAAAAAGAGGGAGGGGGUAAAAGAAAGAGAAAAUGUAAUAGUUAGGCAAAGGUGGAGAGAGAAAGAGAGGAAACUGACGAAGAGCGAAGGAAGGAGGUGAAACAAAAUGUCUGCGGAUCUCAAUAUGUUUACUAGCAAACGUUUACAUGCGAGGGAUGCUUGACAUCGCUCAAGAAAUGAUUAAUGAAAUGGUAGACAAACUUUGGCGUGAUGGCCGUAUCUUUUAAUCGAUACCUUAUUUUGCCGGAAAUUGAAAAAAGUGAAUUCAAAGUAUCACAAGAAAAUAAACAUAAAUAUACGGAUGAGAAUACUACAAAAAAUUCGCCUAAUGAUCAAAAAACCUCCGUGACACCGGCAACUGUUCCCCUGUGUGUCUUGGGCGAUGUCCAAUUGCGUUUCCUGUGCCCGGAUGAUUUGAAGGAAGUACGAGCACUCUGUCAAGAUUGGUUCCCCAUUGAUUAUCCUUAUUCGUGGUACGAAGACAUAACAAGUUCCUCGCGGUUUUAUGCACUUGCAGCUGUAUAUGGUGGAGUAAUAAUUGGACUUAUCGUUGCGGAGAUAAAGCCUUAUGCCAAAUUGAAUUUAGAGGACCAUGAUAUUUUGUGUUCCAAUUUAGGAAAAGAUUGUUUAGUAGGUUAUAUCCUUAGCUUAGGAGUGCGUCGUGCAUAUAGAAGAAAUGGAAUUGCUUCAUUACUGUUGGAACAAUUACUCGCACAUGUUACUGCUCCAGAACGAUCUUCCGUAAAAGCAGUCUUCCUACAUGUAUUGUGUAGCAAUUCACCUGCCAUUUUGUUUUACCAGAGAUGUCAUUUUCGAUUACAUAGUUUUUUACCAUAUUAUUAUUCGAUUCGUGGUAAGUGUAAAGAUGGGUUUAUGUAUGUCCUUUACGUCAAUGGAGGACACGCACCAUGCGGUAUCUGGGAUUGGUUGCGUCAUAUAGCAAGUGCAAUGGCUAGUCUUGGACCAUGCAGAGUUCCACGGUGGAUUUGGCAACGGCUUUUAUGGGCUACUACUAUUCUUUCAUAUCACAGAUGAUACAUUUUGA